AGGCCUAGGCUCUCUAUAUAGGCCUAUUAUAUAAUAUGGAGUCGAUCGGUAAUCGGCUUCGAAGCUUCGGCCUUCGAGAUCUUGUUGUGCUGCUAACGUGUUUGUUGGGCGCAUAUUUACUACGUGUGCGAGAUAAGUAUCGGCUUCAUCCAGCCUGGCGCAUGGAAAGCGAUUUUUCCCAUUUGUCAAACAACCAGUUUUCUCGGAAUUGGGAGAAGUUACCAAACCCCAAAAUCACAGACAUUGAAAGUGAUGGACAUAAUGAAAUUGUAAUCGCUACACAUACAAAUCUGCCAAGGCUGAAAAUUCUCAAACUACCCGACCUAGAUAACUCAUCAUCCAAGAUUUUGCCUUUCAUACUUGAACAAAGUUCCGUUUCACUUAUAAGUAAAGACGAUCAGAACCUGGACUACAAACGUCCGGUCCUGAUUGAGGUGGGUUUCUUGGAGCCAUAUAAGUCUGUGGUUCAAAUUCGAAAACAAGUGGUGGUUGUUCUUCUUGCUGAUACUACUGUUUUAUGUUUUGAUUACAAAUUAAGGUUAUUGUGGAAAAAACAACUCAAUACAUACCUUGACUACACUAAAUACUAUGUCAAAGAAGCUGCUAUUUUGAUAUCAUCGCAUGAGCUCAGUCCAGACGAUGGUGGUUUGGUUGUCGUUGGUUACAGUCUUGGUGAUAGGCACCAUUUUCAGCAGACCGCAAGGCACAGUCAAGAAAAACCAAGUAAGCCUUUAGAUAAUAUUUUUGACAAGACACCAGAUGAACGAAUGGAAGAACUUGUAGUUGAAAAUCUUGAUCAUUUUACGUUGUUUGGUCUUGCUGGAAAAGAUGGAAAGGAAGGAUUACAUCAUCGUCCUGGCGAUUUUGAGGCUUUGCCAGAAGAAACGGACAUUUUCAAAGCUCAUCAUUUCAAGCUUGGUUUGCGGAAGGGGUUAGCACAUUUAAAGGAACAGCACUGGUCACACUAUUCACAAUCACUGAUUCAAGCUCUGCCUCAUCGCUGGAAAUUUGGAUAUGACUCAGCAAUUGAACUAGCACGAUUCAAGAAGGAUGCUGAAAAUUACGACGGUGACAACGAUGCUGGAACAGCACUGCCUUCAUUGUUUGGCCUUGAUGAUCUUCAUCUUGCUGGAUAUGCAUUUGGUGGCAUGCGCCCUCACAGUCCAUCGGAACAUGUCAAAAAUCCCAAUGUCAUUGUUACACACUCAAAUGAGGGUAUUGGGGUCAUGAACCUUGUCAGAAGGUGGCCACUAACCUCUCUCAAGCUGCCACAUCAUGGAGCUGUUUAUGUUGACUUUAACCAAGAUGGCAGUGUGGAUGAGGUCAAAGCUCAUUUCACAAGUGAUCCAAGCAAUAGCGACAACUGCCUAGCAGUGGUUCAUUCCAUUGACAACCCUUCUACAGGUGUCAUCUUUAAUGCUUCUAUAUGCCAACCUCCUACAUUCAUUGAUAUGUUAUCAGUUUCAGGAUCAUUCUUAAAAUUCCACUCAAGCAAUUUGAAAGAAGAUAAAAAGCUUUCAGUGUUACCAUUAGUUGUGAAAAAGGUGGCGAAAAAGCGCAGUGUAUUAUCCCAUCUGCGUAGCAUUGGUUUUCGAUCUCCAAAUCAGGGGUACGAUGCAGUGUUUCUGCUUAGCAACGGCAAGAUGACUAGCUAUGGCCCACAUGGUCACCUCAAUUGGCAGGUGGAUGCACCAAUACAAUGGAACAACCAGGCUAAGAUCUUUGGAAGAGGACGCAACCAUAACCCAGAAGUUCUUGAUGUAUACCACAAUGCAUUUCAACCCAGCAUGCAAGCUUUUUCGCUUCAAGUGUUUGGCAAACAGGAUGCCGCCGUUGUUGCUGGAUGGGAUUCCAUUGCUGUCAUCUCCCUCGUAGAUGGUACGCUUUUAGCAGAUCAUUCGCUGCCAUGCCAACCGACGUCAGCCGUUGUUAUUGGAGAUUUUGAUAAUGAUGGAUUAAACGAUGCAAUCGUCCAAUGCACCUCGGG